AAAUGGACAGUUAUUACAAUGAAGCUAGGUAAAGAUCCACAUCUGCGUACACUUAAGGAAAAUAAAUCUACCAAAGCUCUAAUCCUAAAAUUAAAAUAAUUGGAUAAAAUAAUUUAAACUAAUAUCACAACUUAAACAACUAAUUCUGUUAUUAAAUUUAAUAGAAACCUUCAUUUAAAUUGAAUGAGAUGGAUUUAAAAAGGAUAAUGAAUUAAAGUUAAUGUAUGAGUGAUUUAAAUAAUAAAAUUAGAUAAUUAUGGAAACAAUAUACAAAAAUCAUCUGAUAGAUAAUAAAAUACUUAUGUACCAAAUUAAACUAAGAAUAAAUUUUAAUAAAUUUUUCAACCAAAAACUAAUUAACAUUUAGAUCACCGAAUUUGUGAAGAAAAAAGUCAAGUUGAAAGCAGAAUAAGAAGUGUUUCAUAAUACGAACAACCAACAUAGGGCCUUUAAAAUUAUCAAUUUCACUUCUCAAACAAAAAUAGUAAAAUUUAACAAGAAAUCAAAACUUGUAAUUAAAAUAAUAAUUAAAAUAAUCCAAACUAUAAAACUACAUAUUUUAAAUAAACUAGCACAAUAGUAGAAAAAUAAGACUUACAAAAAAAUAAAGAAUCAUAAAUUAAUCUAUUUGAUUCUUAAAUUAACAUAAUUUAAAUUAAUUGCUAUUGGUGCAAUUAAAAUAUUAACGAAGCUUAAUAUUGUUUGAAUUGUUACCAUAUUUAUCACAUUGAUUGUUUGAAGGAAUUAAUCAUCAAAUAAAUACAUAAUUUUUAAUAAAGACCAUUUCUUAGUUGUAUAUGUUAAAUUAAAAUCCCUAGAAUCCCUUUAAUUGAAGCAUCAUUUAAUAAAAAAUAUUAAAACGAAUUAAUAUAGGAAUAAUUAAAAUUCAUCUAUUAAAGUAAGAAAAAGAAUUUUGAAAAUUGCUCAGUUUGUAAUUUUUUUUGGGUUAAAGAUAAGAAUUAAAAUAAUCAAGCUUUAAAAUAUUGUUUAUGUAAAGAUAAAAGUUAUGAGUGA